AUAUCUCCCUCCGUAUUAUAUUUCCUAUCUAUAUUUUUGAAUUAUCAAAAUGGACAACCAAGAGUCUGUCAGUGAUGUGCCUGAUAAUCUUUCUGCCAAAUACAAAGAUUCAUUUGCAUAUUUGACUAUCAGAGACAGAUUACCAGUGAUCCUCACAAAGGUUGUGGAUACAGUCUACAGGAUGAAGAAUAAGAUGAAAGAUGAGUCUGGGGAGGAGACUUCUGGAGAGCUGAAAGACAUCACUGGCAGAUUAUCUAAGUUGCGAUUUCAGAUUCAGACUGAUAAACCUGUGGAGAACUUAGAGGAUUCUCGGACUGAUACACCAAUUUGGAACCAGCACCAUCAAGAUCUACUGAAGUUAAACAAUGGGCAGCCAAUCAAAUGGUUUUCAGCAGCAUGGUUAUAUUUGGAAUGUUACAUGUACCGGCGCAUUCAGGAAUCUGUGGAACUCACGUGGUCCAGUGACAACGCUGAUAAAUUGAAGCUGACAUACCUUCUGGAGGUGGUCGGACAGUGCCAGGGAUAUUCCUCAGCUCUUUUGCUUGUCCCUUCCUCUUGCGAGAAAGCUGACAAAUUGAAGCAGUUUCUGGAGGUAGCACUGUGGGGCAAUAAGUGUGACUUGUCCAUCUCGGCUGGAUUCUCAAACUCCCAGACGACCUGCAUCCUGGAUCAGCUCAAACUCCUCAACCCAAACAUCCUUGCCGACCACUCUCAGCAGGUGAUUGAAACCCUGCAGCGUCAGACGAAGGGUGAGGCUGGGAGGGUGGACAUUGUACUGGACAAUGCAGGGUUUGAGCUGGUCACGGAUCUCUGCCUGGCUGAGUUUCUUAUGUCUGCUGGUCUAGCUUCCAGCAUCCACUUCCAUGGGAAGGCCAUCCCCUGGUUCGUGUCAGACGUCACCCGAAGGGACUUCCAGUGGCUGUUGGAGACGAUGAAGGGAACCAACAAUCUGGCAAUAUCUACUUUUGGCGCAAAAUGGCAGAAACUGCUCGAGUUGGGAUCCUGGGUAUAUCAUGAUCAUGAUUUCUGGACAACACCGUUUGAUUUCAGUUUGAUGAAAAAACAUGCAAGUGAACUGUACAACGACCUUGGGAAGGCAGACCUGGUGUUUUUUAAAGGGGAUCUGAAUUAUCGUAAGCUGGUCGGAGACAAACGAUGGGAACCUACAGUGUCUUUCUCCUCCUCCCUUCGAGGGUUUGAACCUGCUCCUCUCUGCAGUCUGCGUGCUCUCAAGUCGGACGUUGUAGUGGGGUUGAAACCAGGCCAGGCGGAGAUGACUCAACACCAUGACAAAGACUGGAUGAUAGAUGGAAAGUGGGCAGUUAUUUCAUUCCACACGGGACAUUCUUAAAUAUUUGUUUUUGAUAAGGAAAGACAGGAGAUAUUUUGAUGACUGUUGCUGAGAUCUCAUAUAUUUUCCAUUUGUGCCAUAAUGUAUUCAGGCCUCAGUCACAACUUCCUCCGAUUGUCGUAUGGUCUUUAUUCUUUACCUUGUUUAUGUUGAUACUAUGGGCAGAUCUAGAAACGGAUUGAUUUAUUAUUGGAGAUCAGAUUGUGUGAUAUUUUGUCAAUCUGUGUACAUGUAAACUGCCUUUUAUAACCCAUCCUGUGAUUCCUCCCUGAUUGUCCAAUGGCAUCCCAUCAUCUUACCAUAUUCUCCACUACCCUAUCUCUCCUGUCAAAGUAUACUCCUUAUCUCAUAAUGGCUAGUGAUACCCAUGCCAUACAACAAUCUGAUAAAGUUGGUAUUACCAUCUGUUAAAUAUGCAAAUGAGGUGAGCAAUAGUGAACCUACACAUCAUUUGGAGUCAAGUCACUGCUUAGUCAGGUCACCUCUAAACUCACAUAGAAGAGAACUGAGGGCAGUUACUCAUGAAGGAUAUUGUCAGUGGCAGUUUGAAGAUGGGUUCAGGUUACUGGUGAUUACAAUGGCGGUGUGGUAGAUGGGACUAUUGAGCGGAUUAUUGAGGGUGAGGAUGUCACAGAUUAUAAUUUUGCCCAGAGAGACAAGCUAUGUUCAGUGAAUCAAAAGUACAAGAUUCUUAAGAUUUAUUUUCAUUUGUUGGUACUGUGUUUGUUUGUGGUAUUAAAGCUGUGCAACAUGU